AGUGAAUCUAUCUACUACACUAUGGUGUGCACAUCAAAACAUACGCGACGAUGAAGUGACAAUUUCGCAAAUAUCAUAUUUGCUAGGCUAACCCCGCAACUUUCGCGCGCGACGACGUGAUUUAUAUUAACGGAAAACGCGAAGGUGCCGGUCGGAAUCGCGGCGUUGGCGUAUCUAUCGCGAUCUUGUCACGAGGGUACAAUGCUUUAUGUACAACAUUAAUUGGAAGUGACAAAUUACAUAUGUGUAAAUAUGAUGAUUUUUAUGUAAAUAAUUAUACGAAUUCUUCUCAAGUCUUAUAUUUGUGGCAGCUACUUAUGUAAUAUUAAAAAAUGUCGCAAGGAGAUGGUGCUGCUGUCGCAGUGCCUAAUAAUCAAAACGGUGCGGUAGCACAUAAUCUUCAUAGUCUUGCUGGUGUUAUAGGACCAGUUCUAAAUAAUAAUAACAUGAAUAUAGCUAGAAAUAACAAUAAUCAAAACCCGCUGAUUAAUGUGCGGGAUAGGUUAUUUCAUGCGUUAUUUAUUAAAGCGGCGCUAGCCUAUGCACGAACAUUUCCAAGGCCUGUCAGGAGAUUUAUAGAAUUUAUAGUCCUUUUAAAGGCUAUAUUGGCAUUUUUUGUAUUGGCUUAUAUCCAUAUAGUAUUUUCACGCGCACCAACUAAUUGCUUAGAACAUAUAAGAGACGAAUGGCCGCGAGAUGGCAUAUUGAGAGUUGAAAUUCUCAGAAAUGGUGGUGAAGAUUAUAGUAUAGAGAAAAGUUAUGCCAAAGAGGAGAAAUUGAGGCAAGAGAAAGUUGAUGAUUUAACCAAUGUUUUAGGAAUAUUAACCGGAGAUGGCUUUAUAAAUAUUGAACCGUCGGCUGUUGAUGAAGAACGGGAUACUAUAAACGUCUCUGCCGAAGAGAAUCAUGAAAAUUUAACAUUACAUGAACCAGAUCUGAUAAGAAGUGCAACAAUUUCUAGCGAGACACAAAAUCCUGACCUAAGCACGACAAAUGCAACAAUGACUCCAUUGUCAACAAAGCUUUGGAAUGGUUUAAACAUAGCUAAAAAAAUAGUAAAACCACCUGGAGAAAAGUCGUCUUUCAUGAAUGUGGAAGGUAACUCUACAGAAGUGCCUGAUCAUUUAAAUGAAGAUAAUGUUGUACAGUUAAAAGAUCGCACAUCGGAUGUUGAUAAAACGGCUAGAAUAGAAGAUGGAUAUAUUGUGGAAUAUUCAUUAGAAUAUGGUUUCUUACGCUUAUCACCAGCGGCUCGACAAAGGCUAAACAUUCCAGUCAAAAUUGUCACUUUGGAUCCAUUGAACGACAAAUGUUUUGGUGAUGCAUUUUCGCGAUUGAUAUUAGAUGAAUUUUUGGGAUAUGACGAUUUGUUGAUGGCAAGUAUCAAGACGCUAGCGGAACACGAAGACAACAAAGGUUUUUUGCGGAACGUGGUGACAGGAGAACAUUAUCGAUUUGUAAGCAUGUGGAUGGCACGGACGUCAUAUCUAGCUGCAUUUUUCGUUAUGCUCGUUUUUACGGUGUCGAUCUCGAUGCUACUGCGCUACUCGCAUCAUCAGAUCUUUGUCUUUAUCGUUGACCUUAUACAAAUGCUGGAGUUUAACUUAACUGUGUCAUUGCCAGCUGCCUCCCUCUUGACAGUGGUCUUGGCAUUAGUAGGAAUGGAGGCGCUUAUGUCUGAAUUUUUCAAUGACACAACCACUGCGUUUUACAUAAUCUUGAUAGUGUGGCUUGCUGAUCAAUACGAUGCUAUCUGCUGCCAUACGGCUCUUACAAAGAGACACUGGCUAAGAUUCUUCUACUUGUAUCACUUCUCUUUCUACGCGUAUCAUUAUCGAUUUAAUGGACAGUACAGCAGUUUGGCACUGGUCACGUCUUGGCUUUUUAUACAGCACUCAAUGCUAUAUUUCUUUCAUCACUACGAGCUACCAGUGAUUCUGCAGCAGGCGCAGCUUCAGCAGCUUCUGUUUCGUGCUCAGCCUCAGGCGCAACCAGCGACGCCCAGUACGGCCCCAACCACCCCGGGUCCAGGAUCAUCGCCAUCGCCGUCGCCGUCAUCGUCACCAUCAACAACAGCAGCGGCACCCUCGCCUUCGUCGAGUCCGAAUCUGUCAACACCUACGACGGCACAGACACAGCAAAACUACAUUACUGAGCUUUCUCAGCUUGAUUUGGAACCUAUUAAUACGGAGGAACAACAUACGAUUACGGAUAUCGAGCAAACAUCCGUAGCAACGACGGCUGACUGUCGAGAUGAGUCUGUUCGAGUGUCGGAGGACACGACGACAGUGAGAUUCGCCACAUCGACUUCCAUUGCAGAGACGGAAGCGGCUCCCUCAGCGUCCGGAGCUACGAAUUCGCUCACCGAUACUUCGUCCUCCGAAGGUUUCGAGGUCAUCGAGUCGGCCGACGUGGUACGUAAGGAAGUGUCUGUCGAAGACAAGAAAGAGCAUUAGACUUUGACCAUGCCAACUGCGUGACAGUUAGAGCACAGAAUGUAUCAUUUCCACAUAACUGCUUUCGUCGACUUCCUUUCGUAGAAAAUCGGCGCAAUUAUUUUGUCACGGAACUUAACUACAAAGUAAUACGGUCUCUCUAUAAGAGAAUGAACAAAGUAUGUGUUCGAUUCUUCGAAAAUACAUAUAUAAGGUAUCACGCUUCGAGAUUCAAACCCAGUGGACGAAGAGGCAAAGAUUUAUACAGCGACGUAGUUAUGAGAACAAAUUUUCAAUGGGAGUAAUAUAGGGGGAUUAUCAGGGAUCGAAUUUCAUGCAGUUACACGUUUCAAUGUUAGAUUCGUUACAAGUUAAGCAAGUUAGAGGUCAUAUAAUAGCAAAGUUAGCUGUUAUGAAUGUAAUUUUGAAAACAAUAAGGUACAGUGUUUUUAAUUUAUCGCCUUUGUACGUGAAUUAAUUUUAUUAAUUGUUCCUUGUAAUAUAAUACAUAAUUUUUAAUGCAAUAUAUUCUGUAAGGUUGUCUUAUAUUUAACGUCAUGAUACAAAAAAACUUUGUACUUAUUUGUUGAAAGAUACGUUAGACACAAAUGGAAAAUAUAUUACAAUAAAUAUUAUCUUCCGACUGAAACGCAUAUUUGCGGAUAAUCUCAAGAUUUUUGUUAAUUUGUUUACUUUUGUAAAUAUGAUAUUUCUCUUAUUGCAUGAAAUGAAUAAUUCCAGGCAUGUUUUUUUUUAUAUGUAUGUUCUGUGUAAUUCUUCUACGUAUUUAUUCUAUCUCACUCACUCGAUUCGAUUGUCAAAUUUUUACGUUUGCAUCCCGCAAACGUAAUACAAACAUGGUUAAAAUAGAAAACAUCUGCAAUUAUUACUUUUAUCGAGCUUCUAACCGUAAUAAAGACUACAAAAUUACUCGAAGAUUACAAGAAAUUAUUUUCAAGAUUUUCAAGAUUUACAUUGAAAUUGAUUGGGAUGCCCUGAAAAUGUUUGCCGAAUAAUUUUUUGCACAAAUCCUUACAGCGAGAUAGUUAAACAUGGAACUGUUGUUCGCACUUGUCUCUGCACUCUUCGUCUCUUGAAAAUGUUAGGGAAGCACCUGUCGGCGAGACCGCCAAGAUUGCAGUUUCUCAGCGCAAUAAUCAGGAUGCCUCUGAAUAUUUUUUCUAUUCCCUUUUUCAUUUGUUCUAUACAUACAUUACAAUCUAUCGGAAUAGAGAUAAGAUAAUAGGUAGCAAGUAUACUCGCAUGUAAAUUUUUGUGUUAAAUAAAGAUCGGGCCAUUAAAGAGGAUAAGGCAAUUUCUUCGGUUUAUGCUAUGAUGAAUGUAUUAAUUAUGUCAAUAAUGUCAGCUCAAUCGACAUAACAAAAAUAAGUAAAAUCAUACACAAAGGUUAUUAAGGUCGCAGCGCUUUCUUUUUUUUUUUUCUUAAUAAUUUAACUUUUUGAUGCUCGAUUGUGUUCGUUCAAUUAGAUGACUUGAUAGAGAGAUAAUGGAAUAGAACAUUUUGAAAUCAUUAAAUACUCGUGUAAUGAUGUAAAAAACUGUUUGGCUGAAGAAUUUUCUUAGUAUAAAUUCAUACGUAUCUAAUCUCACGCUCAUUGUCAGUAGUAAGUCAUUCGAAUGACAACGCUAUGUUCAUAUAACAACAUAGCGAGUUAUUAAAACCAAUAGAAUCAAUACUAUAUACUCCUAUUUUCUUUUAUUCAUAUAUUUUAUAGCGUAUUUGGGAUCUUUUUCGAAUGUUUCGCGCAAUGUUUUUAACUCACUAUUUUAUAAUUAAUCAAUUAGUUUCACGCGGAUUUAACUAAUUAAAUUAAGUUGCCAUCUGCUGGAAUGAUAAAACGUUGCGAAUGAUAAAGAAAAUGAGAAGAGAUCGAAAACAUAAAUUGCGAAAGAAACCGCUUCUGAGACGGAAUCGCCGAUGUCGCAUUUUCCACCUUGAUGCGUUGGUUACUUAAAGAUUAAUGAUAAUCGUUUAGUGUAAGUUUACACUAUUACACUAUAUAAUUUGUUCGUUCCAGAGACUUGUGACAUUUAGUGAUAUAUACUAUGUAUCAUUGGCAAGCGAAAUGGCAUGUCUUUUUUUUUUAUUAUGUAAAACUGUGACAUGUAUGAAAUAUUGAAACAAUUUAAAAAAGAAGGAAAAACGAGACAAACUAGUACAUGCAUUGAAGACCGACGUUAGUAACAAAUGGUGCGUAUAUAUUUAUCGCAUAUUGUUAUGUAAUUUAUCGAUCUUGGCAUAUGUCAGCGUACUAUAAAUGGUACUAUGAUUGUUAGCCAAGCGAUAUUCCGUCGAAUGACAUAAUAACAAAGAAAAAGAAAAAACAAUUGCGCGGAAUUGUACAAAUGUGCUCAAUUAAGGUGGUUCUUUAAUAAAAGUGCCAAAAAUUUCGGGUGCCUCACCAGGGUCCAUCUAAAAUCUCAAAUAUUUGUAUAAUUUGGAUAAAAUAUUAAAAUUACGUUUAUAUCUAAUGAAAUAAUAUGAAACAAACGAUAUUGCUGCUCCACGCGACAAUAAACGAGGAUAAGAAAGUGAGGUACAAUGUACAUUGCAAGCGAGAUUAUGCGAUAUUUUGCCAGUUCAAUAUUAAAUAUCUUUUCAGAAUAGCCGUUGACCUAUUAUUACUUUUUUGUGACCAUUAAAAUCGUAAUUUUUUAAAACUAGUAUAAUUUCGUUUUUUAGAGAAAUCUAAAACAACGUUUGUAUUAAAAGUUAGUCAAAAAAGCGUCUCCGAGUUUAAUCUGUCACUAAUUGUAAGUUAAAUUUUCAACAUUUUUUCCUCUUAUUUCAUCGUUAACUUAAAACCUAAAAUUUUGCACAUGUCAAGUUUCAUACUUCAACUUCACUAUAUAACUUCACUAUAUAAUAAAAAUUGGACAUUUAAAAAAUAACUCGAUUUAUCAAAAUUACCUAAAAUUUUGCACAUGUCAAUUUCGGUACUUUAACUUCACUUUAUAAAAAAAAAGUGGUCAUUUCUAAAAUAACUCGAUUUACUAAAGAAUCACCUUAAGACAGAUUCAAGGAAGCUCAAAGAAAGAAGAUUAUUUAAAAAUAUUAAAACGACUGUAAAACUCCCAAUUGCUUUUUUGUUUCCCGAGUCACAUUUGUAGACGAGCGCUUCUGUAAAAUAUAUUUUUCCAUUAUUUAUAUAUCGUAUCUAUUUCUUUUGGUUGUAUAUAUUAUCAAAUAAUAUUGUUAUUAUUAUCCCUAUUGUACUACUAUUGCUGCUGUUAUCAUUAGAUUAUAAAUAAAUGCAGAGAUCUUAUUCUA